CUGACACACACGCAUACCAUACCAGCCACUCCACGCAAGACGGAUGAAUGGAUGCACUCUCCCUCCCCACUUAUCUAUCUUCUCUCCACACGAGUGGGUGUCUGAUGUGAUGAAUGCUAUGGGUGGACUGUGUGAGUGUGUGUGUCUCAGUCGAUCAGUCAGUCCAUCAGCUCAGCAGCGGGGCCACGCGGGUCGCCAUGCUGGCAUGGGCACCCCGCACGCCUGACCUCCUGCAGGCCGGGCGGCGGCGCGGGCGGCCAUGGUGGGAGGAGGAUAUGGGUAGGCGCCCGCCGGGUAUGCCGACAUCCCGCUCAUCUGCAGGCCGCUCAUCUGCAUCGGGUGGACCUGCACCGCCCCGGUGGCCCCCACCUGCUGAGCCUGAGUGAUGGGCACCGGCACCAUCCCGCCCCCCUGCGGCAUCUGCUGCACCUGCUGCACCUGCUGCAUCUGCGGCACCUGCAACAGCUGCUGCUGGGCCUCCGAGGUGACCGAAAACACCGAGCCGCGGGCAGCAACCGAAGCGAUGGAGGCACGAGCAGCCAUGGGAGGGGCAGCAGCAGCCGUGGGUUUCUUUGGCAUCAUCCAGGAGAACCACGACUGCCACCCGCCCUCACCCUCACCCUGCUUCACCGUUGCCGGGGGCUGCUGGAACGUCGGUCGGGCAGGUGGUGCGCAGGGGCCGCAGGCGAACACAGGUCGAGGCCGCGGGACGCCCUGCACGGGGGCAGGGUACGGGGCCCCAUAGGGAUGGUACGACGGGUACGGGCCCAACGCUGCCAUCUGAGAUGCACUCAGGGGCGGCAUCCCGCCCGACGCAACGCCCAUUGGUGCAUAGCUGAGCCACACAGACAGAAAGAACAAGCCAGAGACACGUGUGGACCUAUGUCUAUGUCUGCAGACAUAGACGUGGAGACAGACGUACCUGUAGAGUUGCGAGAUUGGCGGAGCCGCGCCAGCGCCCGCCGGCAGUGCCGGGUGUGGAGGGGGCUGUCCGUAGCCCGGCACAUGGACCGCCGGCGCCGGUGCGGCGGGUGGGUGGGCGGGGGCCUCCUGCUCCUGGGUCACUUCGGGCUCCACCUCAGCCACACGCACAACAAACGCCUUGGCCGUCUCAGGGUCGGAAAUACUAACAGCACGCACCACACACACACACACACACACAAAACAGAGAGAUAAGAGAUGAGAGGAGAGACAUUUGUGUCACAGUGUGUGUGGAUUGAUGUGUGCCUGCCUGACCCGUCGUAUGCCAGUUGGAAGUGCUGGGUGAGGCGGGGGUUGGUCUCCCGCAUCUGCACCGACUCCUUCACCUGAAGGCAGAAUACAUAGCCAUUGGCAUCUCUUUCUUGUUCUUGCAGGUUCCUCCCUCACCGCCUCCUGAAACAACUGCUUGUACGUGAAGUCCUGACCCAGAGACUCCAUGGCCUUCCCAAAACAAACCGACAUCGCACCUGCAGCAGCGACACACGAACCCCAGCCCACAAGAACAGACACUCACAUACGUGAUCUCUCUCCCUCCUCUGUUGGCUGUCUGUGCGCACCGCACCCCCAUAGCCGCCUUCGGAUGGUGUGUCGAGAGCCGUCUGGUCGUCCCGGGCAGCCGAGAAGCACACAGCACGGACGCCCUUGUCCUCGGCACUCUGGGCGCCCUCCGACCUCUGCGCCACAUUCUCGGGCCGCUCGUCCAGCGGCGGGAUGGCGCGGGGGUAGCACUCGUCCAGCGGCUCGUACGUCAGGUGGUAUCCAGCCUCCUUCAAACUCCGACGGUACGCCCUGCAGCCAGGUUGGUGGCAGAGAGAGGGAUUGGGAAUUGCUAUGUUUGUGUGCAUCGGUAGGAGGGGAGGGUGUGGCUUACUUGUUCCCGUCUUCAAUGUGUUUGAUGCUGACCGGGUCAGCCGUGGGGUCCAGCAGGUUCUUCAGAUCCAGCGCUGUGCCACUGAAUGAAUGAGCGACCGAACGAACGAAUGCAUCGACACAAGACCAGACCCGUAUACACACAUCGACAACGACGGGUCGUGUGGCCUUUGACGGACCCACCUGUGGCAACAGUCGAGCACGCAGACGACCUCGCAACCGGAAGGAACGCUGAGGAGCGAUGCGCGAAGCUCAUCUGCAGGAGCGAGUGCAGAAGGAGACACGACAACUCGAUGGUCAUGCGUAUGGGGGCAGUGUGCUUAUGUGACCGUCGAGGAUGAGGCCGCUGUGGUCUGAAACAUAGUCCGCGCACACCAACACCUGCACAGAGGACAGAAACACGUCUCUGAGACGGCGCUUCCACUGCCUGUGUGUGGUGUGGUGCAUGCGGUCACCUCGUCCUUGUUAUCGGCUUCAUCUCCACUGAGGUCGGGGAUUUGUGUCCCAUGCCCAGCGAAGACGAAGCACAGGAGGUCACCCGAGGCAGCACCCGACGUCAGCCACUCCAGGGACCUGCACAAACACCACACAUGACGCAGAAAGGCCCCAUGAUCCAAUUGCCAUGAUCCGCCCUUCCCGUCAUCUUUGGGGCGCCUUUCGUGGGCCCUUUCUCUUACUUGUGAAUGUUCUCCUUGGUGGGGGCCUCCACGUCACCUUCGUGGUCGCCCUCGUCGACGAGGAGCUUCACGUCAGCAGCGUCAAAUCCGAACUUCUCCGUCAAAGUCUUUCUCCAGAAGACCGCAUCGUUGACACAGCCUUUGAGACUGAUCUGGCUGCCAGCGUAAUUGCAGCCACAAAUUACGGCCUUCUUGCUAGGCAUCGUCAGUCGCAGGGGUGGAGAAACCGACGCACUCCCCAAAAAA